UCUCAUCUCUCCCCUCUCCAUUCUCUCACUUUCGGCAACUUCAAGGAGAGAAGAAAACACCCUCCUCCAUAGAUGGUUCAAGGAAGAAGAAGAAACAAGAAGAAACCAUCCAUAGUUUCCAAAUCAUGAGUUCCAAACGCAGCAUCAACUUCUACGAACAUCCGGAAGGUAUUGCAAAGAAAGUUCAGCGUUGGAAUGUUGAAGUUAGUGAGUUAAUCGUCGGAAUCAUGUUCAUCGACAUACCCGAAAUUCUAGACAGCAACUUUCUAUUGACUUCAGGUCCGAUUUACGCUAUCUUACAUAUGUUAAAACGAAAUACUUUCUAUACGAAAGUUGUAGCCUUACAUCUUAGGAAUCCACAGAAUCAAACGGUUUGCAAUUUUGUGAAGAAACGAUGGAGAUAUGCCCAAAUUACCGCAGGUUUUCCAGUUGUGACCGAAAUGACAAAGGUUGCAAAUUUCGAUGUUGUUUCCACUCCCGCUCAUCCGUAAGGUUUCAGCCGAUGAUUUCCAGGUCUGUACCCUUGCGUUAGACUUGUCGAAUCAUUCAUCACAUACAUACAUGAACAUAUAUGUUAUUCCAUAUGUUAAAAGGUAUUUCAAUUAUAUGUGUAUUCAUUUAUAUUUGAAAGGAAAUCAACCCAACAAUAUGUAUAUGUUAAUCAAAGGUGCUUAAAAGACUUAAAGAAGUAUUUUGGACACUCAAAAUAUCAAGAGAAAGAUUCGCAGACCCAAACGGUCGACGUAAACGGUCGACCGUCGCGUUAAACAUCAAAAUGGACCCCGACUGUCAGACAAACGGUCGACCGCCAGUGGCCAACGGUCGACCGUCGCCCGCCCAGCCGAGAACCGUCGUCGCCACCCAGUCAACAACGGUCGACCACCGGUCAACCGCGGUCGACCGUCACAGUGAUCACUGA